UUGAGAGUUGAGACUUGAGACCCCAAAAAUAGUGGAGAAACGACAAUGGAGCCAAUGGCUUCGGGUCUAAUCUCGACCGACCCGAAUCCGCCAAUGACGACGACGGAGCCUCCCUCCGAUUACAAACCCUACACUCUCUUCCAAACCCUAAGCCGCCACACCGGCGCCAUCUCCUGCAUCAAAUUCUCCUCCGACGGCCGCCUCCUCGGCUCCGCCUCCGCCGACAAGACCAUCCGCACCUACUCCCUCGCCUUCUCCGACGACGACUCCCCCACCAUCACCCCCUCCCAGACCUUCGAGGGCCACGACCAAGGCGUCUCCGUCUCCGACCUCGCCUUCUCCGCCGACUCCCGCCUCCUCGUCUCCGCCUCCGACGACAAAACCCUCCGCCUCUGGGACCUCGACUCCGGCCGCCGCCUCCAAACCCUCCGCGGCCACACCAACUACGUCUUCUGCGUCAAUUUCAACCCCCAGGCCAACAUGAUCGUCUCCGGCUCCUUCGACGAAACCGUGCGCAUUUGGGAUGUGAAGACCGGCAAGUGCCUGAAGGUGUUGCCGGCGCAUUCGGAUCCGGUGACGGCGGUUGAUUUCAACCGCGACGGGUCGAUUAUCGUGUCGAGUAGUUAUGAUGGGCUGUGUAGGAUAUGGGAUGCCCACACUGGGCAUUGUAUCAAGACUUUGAUUGAUGAUGAGAAUCCACCUGUUUCCUUUGUCAAGUUUUCGCCCAAUGGCAAGUACAUUCUUGUUGGCACUCUGGAUAAUACUCUGAGGCUCUGGAACUUUCAAACUGGCAAAUGUCUAAAGACAUACACAGGCCACAAGAGUUCAAAAUUCUGCAUUUCUUCCACCUUUUCUGUGACAAAUGGGAAGUAUAUUGUAAGCGGUUCUGAAGAUCAUUGUUUAUACUUGUGGGAUUUGCAAAGCAGGAAAAUAAUUCAAAAAUUGGAAGGUCACACUGAUACUGUUAUAUCAGUUUCUUGUCACCCUAAAAAGAACAUAAUUGCAUCUGGUGCACUGGGAAAUGACAAGACGGUGAAAAUCUGGACUCAGCAGAAGUGAUCAAUUUCAGUGUGCUGUAAAUGUUUGCAAGUCUCAAGGAAAGUCAAGCCGUACUUGGCCUGAAAGUUGAGUAGUGGUCGAAGAUAGUCAGAUAGAUUGUUGUAUAAACAGACCGUGUCCCUGCAAAGGCCAUUGCUAUUAGUUUCUUACCUUCUAACUUAGUUCAGUAACUACCUGGUUGUAUUUUUGAAGAUUGCAUUUUUUAAGUUAUCAGUUUUUAAACUUGAUCCUCUGAAUUAUUAAGCCAUUCUGUUUUAUUU